AUGCUCUGUGUGUUAUGAAACUGACAAGGCAUCUGAGUUUGAGUCUUGCUGUACUUUUAGAGACUAGUAUUACUUAAGAAAAUAGACGAGCUGGACGACACCCUCUGAGAUCUUCGGAGUCCGUUAGAAAGUGGAUAAACCUGCUUUUUGCAUUGGGGAUUUUUUUACAUUUUUAAAUUUAUUUUGGUAUUGAUUUCUUGGGGGAAGCUUGGAAAUGUGUUCUGGAAGGAAUCGAAGGACCCAGGCCGUUGUGUGCAUUGUGUUUCUGUUUGUUUUAUGCUCGUCUGAAGGAGAGGGAUCCGUCGGCUGUUCCCGGCCGUGCUCGUGCCCUCGGGAUCCUCCCUCCUGUCCGCUCGGGGUCAGUCGGGUGCUGGACGAGUGCGGAUGCUGUAAGGUUUGUGCUCAGCAGUUUAACCAGCCCUGUGGCCCUGACCGACCCUGCGACCACAUCAAGGGCCUGCGCUGCCACCUGGGGGCCGGAGGGGACCCGCGCCGGGGACUCUGCAGAGCUGACGCCCAGGGCCGCCCGUGUGAGUUUGGUGGGCGUGUGUAUCAGCACGGCGAGGACUUCCAGCCCGACUGCAGACACCAGUGCAUCUGUAUGGAUGGUGUGUUGGGCUGCAUGCCUGUGUGUCCACACCACAUCCCUGUGCCCGACACACACUGCACACACCCUCGCCUGGAGACGCCACCGGGCCGCUGCUGUGAGGAGUGGGUGUGUGAGCAUCAGAACAGCAUCAGGGAAGAACCGUCGGACCCCCGUCCUCAACACACACCGUACAACCACAUCAGCAGACUCUUACAGAGCCCUGACAGCCCACAGUCCACCAGGGGCUCUGUUCAAGAGUGGGCGUCUGUGCCGGUGUCUCUGGUCCCCUUCCCAACAUCCCAGUGUUUCCCACAGACCACCGACUGGUCCGAAUGUUCUGCUUCCUGCGGGUUUGGCAUCUCAAGUCGUGUGAGCAAUAGCAAUGCACAGUGCAAGCUGGUUAGAGAGACGCGCCUUUGCCAGAUCCGAGAAUGUGAUAUCACGCCAACUAUAAAGAGAGGAAAGAAGUGUCGACGGACAGUGAGGUCUCGGGAACCAGAGCGGAUCACGUUUGCCGGCUGCUCCACGGCUCGCCGCUACCGGCCUCGUGUGUGUGGCGUGUGUGUGGAUGACAGGUGCUGUCGGCCGUCCGCUUCCCGAACGGUGCGUCUGCGGUUCCUCUGCCCGGGCGGAGAGAACAUCACACGUAACGUCAUGUGGAUCCAGCGCUGCCGGUGCAGCAGAAGCUCCUGCAGGGCUCAGAGAGAGCGUUCCUCGCCCACCGUCAGCCUUCACAACGACACACACACCUUCUCUCGCUGA